AUGAGUGAUACUUCAAGCACCAAAGAUGCUCUCUACAUGGGGUUUGAUCUGUCAACGCAGCAACUGAAAGGGAUCUGUGUUGACUCUAACCUCAAACUAGUCUACGAGGCGAAGGUGGACUUCGAUGCAGACCUCAAGAAGUAUGGCAUCGAGAAAGGCGUCUUGACCAACCCAGCAGAAGGCGAGGUCUUCGCUCCGCCAGCUAUGUGGCUCGAAGCCGUCAACCUUGUGCUUGAUCGGUUGCAAGCCGACGGGCUGGACUUCAGCAAAGUCAAGGGUCUCUCUGGAGCCGGCAUGCAGCACGGCACCGUCUUCUGGUCUCCGGACGCAGAGAAUCUAUUGGCAAAUCUUGAUCCGAGCAAAUCUUUGGUCGAACAGCUAGAAGCUGGCGGUAAAGGCGAGCGGAGAGGUGCCUUCGCCCACCCAAUGAGCCCGAACUGGCAGGAUGCGAGCACCCAACGGCAGUGCGACCUAUUCGAUGACCGUCUUGGCGACCCUAUGAAGCUCGCGGAAGCCACGGGCAGCAAAGCGCAUCAUCGUUUCAGCGGUCCACAGAUCCUAAGGUAUCGGACAAAGUAUCCUUCACAUUACGAACAGACAGCACGCAUCUCUCUCGUAUCGGCAUUCCUAGCUUCCGUCUUCCUUGGCAAGAUUGCACCGAUGGACAUUAGCGACGUCACGGGCAUGAAUCUUUGGGACGUCGGCAAGGGCAAGUUCAACGAUGAUCUGCUCGAGCUCGCCGCCGGUGGCAAGGAAGGCGUCGCAGAACUUCGCAAGAAGCUUGGUCAUGUGCCUGAGUCUGGCGGCGACUCGUUCGGCUCUAUCAGCAAGUACUUCGUCCAACGCUAUGGCUUUCCGGCAGACUGCAUGAUUAUCCCAUUCACCGGCGACAAUCCCUCAACCAUCUUAGCACUGCCCCUACGACCAUCAGAUGCCAUGGUGUCGCUGGGCACGAGCACAACAUUCUUGAUGAGCACAUCAACCUGGCGUCCGGACCCGGCAUACCACUUUAUGAAUCACCCAACCACCGCUGGCCUCUACAUGUUUAUGCUGUGCUACAAGAACGGCGGUCUAGCCCGCGAGCAGAUACGCGACCAGGUCAACAACGACAAAAGCAAUGAUUGGUCCAAGUUCAACCACACCGCCCUAUCCACACCUCCAGUCUCUCAACGAACACCUAGUGAUCCCAUGCGGCUUGGCCUUUACUUCCCGCGCCCAGAGAUCGUUCCCAAUCUCCGCUCUGGCCAAUGGCGCUUUCAGUACCGCCCAACGUCGGGCAACCUGAUGGAGCAACCUUCCGAGUUCACCCCCGACGACUGCCGUAACAUUGUUGAGAGUCAGAUGCUUUCCUUGCGACUCCGCUCCGGCAGCCUGGUGAAGCCAGAGAAGGACCCUCAGACUGGCCGAUUGCUCCCAGCGCAACCGCGUCGGGUCUACCUCGUGGGCGGCGGCUCCGCCAACCCAGCCAUCGCCAAGAUCUGUGGCGAGGUGCUCGGUAGUGUCGAGGGUGUCUUCAAGCUCGACAUUGGCGGCAACGCUUGCGCGCUUGGCUCUGCGUACAAGGCCGUUUGGGCCUGUGAGCGGAAACCCGGGCAGACUUUCGAGGAUCUCAUUGGCUCGCGGUGGGAUGAGGAGAAAUUUGUCAAGAAGGUCGCGAAUGGGUACAAGGAGGGCGUGUUUGAGACGUAUGGUGAAGCUGUCAAGGGUUUCGACCGGAUGGAAAAGCUUGUGCUGGAUCGUGAAGCUCAUUUUAAUGGAGAAGGCGUUAAGCCUGUGCCCUGA